GACGUUGGUGAGCGCGCGGCGCUAGCGCCACUCGAUCGAGCGGCCGGAAAGCGAUUCGAUUUCGCGAACUGACCCGCGGCGGCGGCGGCGACGAGCGGAGGCCACGGUUGGUGCGUGUGCCAUUCCGCGCCGAGAAAUGGAAGCCGACGAGGCGCGCACGGAGCCCGGUACGAGCGCGAGCACGUUGCCGACGUCGCACGUAGUCGUCGUAGCGCGGGAGCCCGUCGCGGUGACAGCUGUGCGCGUACGUGGCUUUUGAAGUUUUGUUAUGACAAAGAGCGUACCGCCGGGCACGACCGGUCGCCGACCAGCCGCGUAUCCGGAGGAAGAGGGACCGUCGUCGUCGUCGUCGACGUCGUUAUCGUUGUCAUUGCCGCCGUCACCUUCGUCGCCGUCGCUUUCGCCGUAAACGCCGCCGCGUAUCGCUUGCCGCGACAAAAGUGCACGUUGGUUCUUGUGGGGAGGCCGAGAGAGCGACGACGAGGCGAGAAGCGGCGAGGGAGUCGGUUUCGACGGGGACUCGAAGGUCGUCGAGGGGGGACGCGGAUCGCGAAGAUGUGGUGCCUCGUCAGCCAGGCCAACUCCGUCAUCCUGGAGGUGCAGGUCGACCCGAAGGCCAUCGGCCAGGAGUGCCUCGAGAAGGCCUGCGACUGCCUGGGAGUCAGCAAGGAGUGCGAUUACUUCGGGCUCAAGUACCAGAACGCGAAGGGCGAGGAGCUCUGGCUGAACCUGAGAAACCCCAUAGAGCGGCAGACCGGCGGCGGCGUGGCGCCUCUAAGAUUCGCUCUGAGGGUUAAGUUUUGGGUGCCGCCUCACCUGUUGCUGCAGGAGGCCACCAGGCAUCAGUUCUAUCUGCACUCCCGCCUCGAGCUGGUCGAGGGCAGGCUGAAGGUCGCAGAUUGGGCCUCCGUCGCCCGCCUGGUCGCCCUGAUAGCGCAAGCCGACGGCGGUGAUUACGACGCGCUGUCACCGCCGCACGCGCUCUACUCCCAGUGCUGUCACAUACAACCCGCGGAGCCGUGCGAGCCGAAACCGCAGGACUUCCUGCUGCGGAUAGUGCAGCAGCACAAGGAAAUCAAGGGCAUGAAAGCAUCGACCGCUGAAUAUUGGCUCUUGAAAGAGAUAUCAAACCUCGACGCAUUCGGACAGGAAAUGUUUCACAGUAAAUUUGGAUACAACGGGGUGUCGAUGAUCGGCGUUGGCCCGCACGGAAUCACGGUCUACCGCAAUCAGGACGAAGAGACGCAAAAUAUACCGUACACAGCUAUACAAAGCGCCACGUCACAACGGCGGAUGUUCCACCUGGUUUACCUCUCGCUCGACGGCGAGGAGACGUCGCUGGACUUUAAAUUAGACUCCAGCCAGUCCGCCAGCGGGCUUUACAGAGCGAUCACCGAGAAGCACGCGUUCUACAGCUGCGAGACCGUCAGGAGCGCGGUCACCGCGCAGUUUAUUCGCGAUUUAAAGGGGACAAUAAUUUCCAUUUUCAACGAGGACUCGACCCUGGGGAAGAAGUACGUGUUCGACAUACGCAGGACCUGCCGGGAGGUGUACGAUAAUGCGCGGCGUGCGCUUUACUGCGAGGCGGCGACCAUAGCUCUGCCGGAGGAGAACGAGAUCCUCGACAGGCACGCCUGCGGGGAGUGCGAGAAUCCCAGGUGCAAGGAAUCUCGCGAAUGCCUGGUGAGACUGCUGGACGCUAUGCUCUGCCGGAUCUGCAUGGACCGGAGCCUGGACACGGCCCUGUUCCCCUGCGGGCACGCGGUGGCCUGCCUGGACUGCGCCCGUCGCUGCGAGCGUUGCCCGCUAUGCCGGGCCGACAUCGACUACUGCCGGACGAUAUACCUGCCGAUCGAGCUGACGCACAUCGACAAGCACAAUCCGAAGCUGCUGUCGGAGACGAUCGAGCCUGUGUUCAGCAAGCCGCUGGCGGAGGAGAUGAAGGACAAGAGAAUCUUGGACAGCGAGGCGUCGGUCAACAGCAACAUUUGAGAGCGCCGAGUCGGACAUAGACCCGGCGCGUUCGAAAGAUUCUUCAGGAUUGUCACUUGCCGCGCGGGGAGGGCGUACUGAGAUCACGGGGAGCGAGGCACUUUUUCGUUUGCCCGCGAGCGAGCGAGCGACCGAACGUUUCGGCAUUCACUGGAUCGCAUCCCGACGCUCGGUCUGGGUUUUCGUUCGACUCUUGUUUUGUAACUUUUAUCUCGCGCGACGAGUUCAGUCACGUGCAAUUGCGAAUUCUAUCAUUAUCUGAUGUUACUUUGACGUCUUUCUUUGCUUUUAUUCUUAAUUUAUCUGCUUAAUUUUUGGACAGAAAAUGAUGUCUGUACUCCUAGGUACUAUAUGACCCGCUCCUUUCUUUACCGAAAUUAUUUUAUCGUUGCUCAAAAUGGUGGAAACAUUUGGCUCGACGUUCUCUUUUGAAACUUAUAUUAUCACGAAACUACUAUGAAAUUAUGAAAUUGUUUGAAUUAUAUGAAGAAUUUUUAUGUACAAUAAAACCACAUUGACAUCUCGGAUGCGUCCUCAGUAAAAUUCAGUAAAAUUAUGUUAGUUAUAAAGAAAAGUUUUCCUUGGUUCUUUGACCAAAGAAAUGUGUGUUUCUCACGAACGGCUAAUGCUUCUUUGAAUAUAACUAACAAACAGGGUGAAAGAACGGUCUGAAAAUAUUGAGAUUGAGAAAUGAUUCGACAGUACUGUGAUCAAAGAUGAUAUUGUUGAGAAGGCGCAGGAGAUACACGAGGGUAUAGCGUAGGUAGAUCCAACGAGGGAAUCACGGGAUUACAUCAUUGCGUCUACACACUCGUAAUGGCGUUACAAAUAAGUCCCUUUAGUCGAGCGGCUGAAAAGUGCUAUUAGCAGCGUAGAUCUAAGGAGAGGCAGUGCUGCCGACGAAGAUGCGCGGACAAAGAUGUAAUCUAUAUCGUGUAAGAUCCAAAAGCACUUGGAGUAAAGUUUUAUUUCCCACUGAUGAUCGGACCAAUUUUUUCCUUGUUAUUUCAUGAUCUUUCUCAAUGCUUCUGUGUUCCUCUUAGAUAGAUAAAGCCUCUUUUUUUGGUCAUGUUUUCACUCUGAUCUAGAUAACACUCGCAGGUCGUGCAUGCACGCUCGGGUCGGGAACUUUUAUCGGAAUCGGUGACCCGGCAUAUUUUUACUGCAACAUUCGUUAUUCAUUAUAUAUGAUAUCGUAUGCAAAAAGAACAACGCAGCCGCUUCUAACGGAUAGUUUCGAUCAAAUUAAACUUAAAUUGUGCCGAUAUAUACGUUACAUUAAUUACGAUGUUUACGUACGAUUCACGACGGACUUGAAGUAUUAUGUAUUAUCAUUUUAACUAAACGGUAGAUCAUAGCGAUAAAAGCAGCGCGCAAUGCGGACAUCACACACAUAUAUAUAUAUAUAUAUAUUGUGGAUUCUAUUUUUAUCACACGUAGCGUGCAAGGAGAAUUAAAUAUGUAAUCGUUAGCCGAAAAUGAUUCCCUGCGAAUUGUAUCUAUACUCUCUUUUUUUCUUUUGUAUUGAUGCAUUCUGCAUGAAGAAGGAAACUUUAUUACCAUAAUAUCUGUUUAUAUAUGUACAUAAGAAACGAGAUAACCCGCAGCGAUAGGGUCAAGCGAGUAAAAGUCAUAAGUUCACCAAAUGUCAAAUCUGUUUUAAUAUACUUUAACUACGCGCAUACGUCACUCUCCGAGUAAGUCAUAAUAAAAGCAAAACGAGCUAAUUGCCUGUGCUUUGCACCUAAAAGAUAAGUCUUAGAGUAAAACGUCAAUGGCAUUUUGUGUCGAAGGGAAACGCAAAGGAAGUUCUAUUGGAAGGUAGCGCGCGUACUCGUUUUAAAUCGUGCAUCUCGGGCUGGUUAAAAAUUCGACGCGAUCUUCUUCCUUCUUGUUUCCGGUCAGUGAGAAAAAUUCGGUAUAUCAGUGAAAUGCGGCAAGAUAGCCUCUAAUGAAUGAUUAUUUCUAACAUCCAGCAGUAGCAGCGCACUAUGAGCUUUGUAUGAGUGACGAAAGUGAUAGAGCGUAAGAGAGAGAAGAGGCAAGAUAGAGAAUGAAAAAGUAACGAUCGUUAUAGUCAUUUAUCAAUGCAAAGCAGAACUUAGUUUGUAAUUACUUAUAAGAAAAGACGAUAGCGUGUAUUUUACACGCCGUUGCGUUUGAUGCCCUUCGAGAUACUCCUCUUCAGUUACAGCGUAGCUUCUUUCCAUUUCAAAGAUGCAGAUUUAGUAUUCUGUACCGUACGGCGAGAUACUUUGCCGACUUUUAGAACGUGAAUAGCGCGGCUACACUGUAUCUGCAAGAUCAGAGUGUCCUCCGUUUUUUUUCUUUUUUUUUUGAGUGAUCUAUACUUUUAGACAUUAAUGCGAGCGUACGUGAAAACGUUAAGUUGAAAUCAGUGAUUAUGCAACUCAAUGCAAUCUUGUAACUAGGCGGCCGCUGCGCGCGCCAAAAUGAAAAUAUUUCCCUCGUGAAAUAUCGCGUAACUGCCGCGGGAUAAUCUCGUCGAUAAGCUUUUGGAAACGAGAUCGAUAUAGCCGCGAUUACAUUCUACGUAAUAUAACGAGUCUUGCGGUCGCGGAUGUGAAAAACAAAAUAACUUAAAUUUGUACCAUUACUGCGUGUCGAUAGCUGUAAGAUUACUAAUAACGAUGACAACAAUAACGCUACUAUUACACGUUACGAAUAAUAAUUUCUUGUGAUUUUAAAUCUCUGUAUAAAACAUAUAAGGAAAAAAAAACAAGAAUUCAAAAUAUUGUAGCCGAUAGAUACGUAUGGUAGGGACAAAAUCCGAGAGAAUGAAAGUGUGCGAGAGAGAGAGAGAGACAGAGAGAGAGAGAGAGAGAGAAAGGAGAAAGUGUGUAUAUUUCUAAAAGUUAUCAUUUGCAAAGAGUAUUUUUAAAGUAUUUCCAAUUAUUUUUUAGUAUUAUAUCAAAAUUCCACCCGACGCGCGAGACGGUGGGGAAAUGCGCGCGUAACUUAUGAAAUUACCACAACUUACGAGACGUAAAUUUUAGCGUUCAAUACGAUGUUCCGAUCUGUUGAUUAAAUACCGUCAAACAUUGAGA